CUGUGACACGGCGGUCAGUGUGAAACUUCAGUCUGCACUCAGCAUGAAGGCAGCGCGGCUCUUCAUCUUUUCAGUGCUGCUGAUGUUCAACACAUCUGCCCACGGUCGUGGUGAGUUUCACACACAUCACACGCCACAUGCGUGUACACACACCUCUACACACCUGCAUCAUUACUCCAUCACAUGUACCUGAGGCGACGUCUCAGUCGUCAUCGCUACGCAACGCAAAGGUGAUCGAUUCAUUAACGGAGCUCGUGUAAGACAGAGCAUCCAGGAAGUAGUCAGGCCCGGUCCCCUUUAUUUUUACUGUUGGUACAUCUCAGCUGUGUGGUUGGAUAAGCAGCAGAAAACAAAUGAAUGGAUUAACUGAUGAACACAUAACUACUCAGUCAACUCUGCUGUUUUAUUUGACACUGGUCUGUCCCUGUCCCUCUUUCUUUAUGUCCUCCGUCCUCUCAGCCUCUGUGACAGUCGUCCCCAACAGGUCUCAGUACUUUGAGUAUGAGCAGAUCAGUGUGAGCUGUGAACACUUCCGCUCCGGCGAGUGGACGGUGUGGAGAUACACUACAGGUUUGGAGCUGUCCCAGUGUGGGUCGGGCUGGGGCGACCAGGCUUCCACUUCCUGUGUCAUGGAGACGGUCAAGAAGCCCAGCAGUGGGGUGUACUGGUGUGAAUCGAAACACAGACGCAGCAGCGACGCCGUCAACAUCACUGUCACCGUGGAACCAGUGAUCCUGGAGAGUCCCGUCCUCCCUGUGACGGAGCGAGACGACGUCACUCUGCGCUGUAAAACAUCAAACUCCGCCUCCUACCUCACAGCUGAUUUCUACAAAGACAACAUCUUUAUUGGGUCUAAGGGAACAGGUCACAUGACCAUUCACAAUUUUUCCAAGUCUGAUGAAGGUGUCUACAGAUGUGCAGUCCACGGCCUUGGACAGUCUCCGAGCAGCUGGCUGCUGGUGAGAGAGGACUCUGAGCCGGCCUCUCUCACGCCGUCCCCUGACUCGUCUCAGCUGACUGAGUAUGAGAACCUGUCCCUGAGCUGUGGCGACGACAGCAGCUUUCGUGGAUGGCGCAUCAAACGGUUCACAACCGUCAGCGGCAAACUGUCCAGCUGUGGAGACGAGUGGGGGACGCCCACGUCCUCUGGCUGCGUCCUCCAAACAGUCAAGCAGCGAGACAGCGCUGUUUACUGGUGUGAGUCACCUUCAAAGCGCCGGAGCAACUCUGUCAACAUCACUGUGUACGAUGGACCAGUGAUCCUGCAGAGUCCUGUCCUCCCUGUGAUGGACGGACAUGAUGUCUCUCUGCUCUGUAAAACAAAGGACGCUCCCUCCGACCUCCCAGCUGAUUUCUAUAAAGAUGGCUCCUUCAUCAGGACCGAGCCCACGGGUCACAUGACCAUCCGCCAUGUUUCCAGGUCUGAUGAAGGCGUCUACAGCUGUAAGGUCAGGGGUCAUGGAGAGUCUCCACCCAGCUGGCUGUUUGUCACAGACGCAGACGCCCAGGACUCCGCUCCGGUCUCUGAACCAACCCCGUCCCUGCUGACAGCGCUCCGCUACAUCGUGGUGUGCUCUCCGUAUUUUAUCUCUACGCUGCUCAUGGCGUCGGAAUAUCGACGAAGACCCACAGCAGGAAGGACCCUGCCUGUUUCCAUGACGAUGCCCCCAGCCAGUGAGGAUGAUGAUGGAGUGGAAGGAGAAUACGAUGAUGCUGUUGCUGCUGGCGUCACCACUGAGCACCAUUUUUAAGCUGAACGUCGUCUCCAGUUUGUCCACUGAGACGUUUCUGUCCUCACGCAGCUGCUGGUCUUCCUCAGUCCACGUCCAGUCUUCUUCUCUGGUGCUGGACUAGUGAGCAGCACAUUAUUUUAACAUAAUUCUUGUUUUUUUUUUGCUCUGUAUUUAAUGUUUUGGAUAAAGAAAAGGUCACAGCCAGUUUCAGUUGUGGCUUUGACGCUUUAGUUUCUUAGGCCUUGUCCACACGGAGAUGAAAACUAUUUAUUUUUCAUUUGAAUAAAAGUUUGAAUGAAACUCUG